CAGCCACUCCGACUGCAGCGUCCCACCCUCAACAUGCAGCCCGGCGCAGCCAAAGUCCCGCUGGGCCACCGGACGCCGUUUUCUGUGGAGGAUAUUUUGGAUCCCACAAAGUUUACGGGAACCAAAGUCUGCGCUGAGGAUGCAACAGGAGCUCCUCCUGGAGAUGUGAACAGAAAGCAGGAGGCGCCGUGUCCGCCGCAGGCGAAGAGGAGACGGGUCCGCACCGCCUUCACCCCGGAGCAGCUGCGGAUCCUGGAGCGCAGCUUCCGGAGGUGCCACUACCUGUCGGUGCUGGAGCGGCACACGGUGGCCUCCGCCCUGCACCUCUCCGAGACCCAGGUCAAGAUCUGGUUCCAGAACCGGCGCACCAAGUGGAAGAAGGAGCGCGGGAGGGAGGCGCAGGCCGAGGAGGAGGAAGAGGAGGAGGAGAAGGAGCACGUCUCCCCAUCGUACUUUGUCUCCUCCCUUCUAACCUGCGCUCCUCUCUGCUGGCGGCCGCGCGCUCCGCUGCAGAUGUUCGCGCCUUUCCAUCAUUAUUACGCACGAUGAAGGCUGAUGGACCAACGCGCGUCUCACCAGAAACCAUCAACCCGAACCCUGCACGAACGGACCACGAUGCACGAGAGCUG